AUGUUGGGGUGGAACCUCAAAGACAUCCCUGCCGGGAAUCUGGACAAGUUCAUCGAAGACUAUCUCUUACCAGACACACGUUUUCGCAGGCAGGUCAGACAAGCCGUCCACAUCAUCUCCACUUUCCUGAAGGAGAGGUGUUUCCAAGAUGCGCCACACCCCGUGCGGGUGUCCAAAGUGGUCAAGGGUGGUUCUUCGGGCAAAGGCACGACCCUCAGAGGCCGAUCCGACGCCGACCUCGUGGUCUUUCUGAGUAACCUCACAAGUUUUCAGGAGCAGCUUGACCACCGGGGAACGUUCAUCCGGGAAAUUAAGAGGCAGCUGGAAGCCUGUCAAGAAGAGGAAACGUUUGCAGUGCAGUUUGAAGUACAGAGUCUGCAUUGGGAGAGGCCCCGGGCCCUGAGCUUUGUGCUCAGGUCCCCCCAGCUCCAGGAGGGGGUGGAGUUUGACGUCCUGCCUGCCUUUGACGUCCUGGGGCAGUGGACCAAUACCUACAGACCUGACCCCAGAGUCUACAUCAAGCUAAUCCAAGAGUGCCAGGACCUGGACCUAGAGGGAGAGUUCUCCACCUGCUUCACAGAGCUGCAGCGAGACUUCCUGAGGCAGCGUCCGACCAAGGUGAAGAGCCUCAUCCGCCUAGUGAAGCACUGGUACCAACUGUGCAAGGAGAAGCUUGGGAAGCCACUCCCACCCCAGUACGCCCUGGAGCUCCUGACCGUCUACGCCUGGGAGCGUGGGAACAAGCAGACAGAUUUCAGCACCGCUCAGGGGUUCCAGACCGUCUUGGUAUUAGUCCUGAACUACCGGGAGCUUUGCAUCUACUGGACAAAUUAUUAUGACUUUGAAAACCCUAUCAUUAAACAGUACCUGAGGAGACAGCUCAAUAAAUCCAGGCCUGUGAUUCUGGACCCGGCCGACCCUACAGGAAAUGUGGCCGGUAAAGACCGGUACAGCUGGCAGCGGCUGGCAGAAGAGGCCAGAGUCUGGCUGGGUUACCCAUGCUUUACCAACAGGGAUGGGUCUCCGGUGAUCUCGUGGAACGUGCAGCCUGAAGAAGACUAUCCAAACGAUUGGUUUACCUGUGAACACAGGACAUAUCAGUGUCAUGAUUAUGGAUGGCGUCCUGCACCCUCUGAGAACCUCAGCACGAGCCUGGCAGCAUCCAUUCCCCAGAAGGAAGAUGACUGGACGUGUGCCAUCCUCUGA